CGCGCACAGAAACACCAAAGCCCCAAACCUCACCCUCUCCCGAAUCCCGAUGGAGUUCUUUGACGAAACCCUCGCCUCCGCCGCCGUCGAGAAGCCCGCGCUCAACGGCGUCGUUGCGGAGGAGGAGCAAGUCCCCAUCACCCACCCCGCAAAGUCACACGCCGCGGUCGCUGCCGAGAACCCCACUCCUAUCAGCAGCGUCGCGAACGGUGAGGGUGAGGGGGUCCCCGGCGCCCACACUGCCGCCAAGUCCUACGCUGCCGUCGCCGUCCUCGCGGAGAUCGCCGCCCUCCGCGCCGCCAAGCUCGACCUGGAAGCGAAGCUCGACGAGGCCCGCCGUGAGAACAAGUUCCUCGCCGAGGAGACUCACCGCAUCGAGGGUAUCUUCCCGCAGGUUCGGGCGGAGGCCACCAUCGCCGCCGCCACCUCUGCCGAGGAGAUCGCCGUGCUCCGCACGAAGGUCGACCGCUUCAAGACCGAGAAGGGCGAGCACGAGCUGGACAAGCAGAGCCACGACAAGCUCGCCAAGGAGGUAGAUGCCGUGCGCCAGGAGAAGCACAAGCUCGAGGAGGAGAUCAGGGCCCUGAAGGCUUCUGCCACCGCCGCGGUCGCUGCCGAGAAGCCCACUCCUAUCAGCAGCGUCGCGAACGGUGAGGGGGUCCCCGGCGCCCACACUGCCGGCAAGUCCUACGCUGCCGUCGCCGUCCUCGCGGAGAUCGCCGCCCUCCGCGCCGCCAAGCUCGACCUGGAAGCGAAGCUCGACGAGGCCCGCCGUGAGAACAAGUUCCUCGCCGAGGAGACUCACCGCAUCGAGGGGAUCUUCCCGCAGGUUCGGGCGGAGGCCACCAUCGCCGCCGCCACCUCUGCCGAGGAGAUCGCCUUGCUCCGCAUGAAGAUCGACCGCCUCAAGACCGAGAUGGGCGAACACGAGCUGGACAUGCAGAGCCACGACAAGCUCGCCAAGGAGGUGGAUGCCUUGCGCCAGGAGAAGCUCAAGCUCGAGGAGGAGAUCAGGGCCCUGAAGGCUUCUACCACCGCCGCCGCCACCAAGGAGAGGGAGGCUGCGCCAGCGGCUGAGGCCCCGAACGAAGGGGAGGUUGCGUGGCUGGGGAUGGUGGUGGCUGCGGCUGCAGGCGUCGCCAGCAUGGCUGCCGUCAUGCUGAUCUGUCUCCGCAAGAGGUAAUCUGACGUUCUGGUGAUCGGUUCCGUAGCAGUACUGGAAGUUUUCGUCGUGAUGCUUGUAUAACUGAACUGGGAGUGAUGUGACUUCUAUGAGUAGUUGCUUAUUAGCCUACAGAAAUAUAGGGAUCCGGAGACUGGUUAUGUCUCAUG